AUGGGGAUGGCCAUGCCCGCGCUGAUGCCGUCGGCCGACGUUGAUGAGAGCAUCACGGUCGACAACGGCUCCAACGACCUCUCCAGGAGCUUCUCCAUCAGCUCCUCGGACGACACCAACUCCAUUAUCAUGUUCUCCACACCCGGAAGCAAGAAGGCCAAGGUGCUCAUCGACACCGAUGGCGGCAUGUUUGGCAUGUUGACCACGUAUUUGGACAUGCCCGGCAUGGACGACUAUCUGCAGCUGCAGCAGGACUUCAUCGCCUGCACAGUCCACACCAAGCAUGGCUGCGCCACUCACCCACGAAGCAUCGCUGAGAGGGAAAGAAGAGCAAGCAAUAGCAAGAGGCUAAGGAGGCUGCAAGACUUUGUGCCCAAUAUGGACAAGCAAACAACUAUGUCAGACAAAGAUCUGGAGUACCUGCUCAUAUCUGGUGAGCGGGUAGCCUCUCGCCCCAAACGCCCAAGCUCCUGGUGGUAUCCUACUCCACUCGGUUUCUUCUUCUUCCAUGCCUACACAGCUCUAGCUUUUUUUUAG